GCAAGAUGGCGGCGUCCAUGCUCCUGGUGUUCCCCAACUCGUUGCUCCGACGACUGCAGCUCUUCACGGUCUUUCGUGCUUGAUCUUUUCGAUUCAUCGUCCGGCUUGGUCGUCCUGCUGCGGCAGCCGCUCCCAAACCGCCGUGCUGAAUCGUGGUGCAAAAGCAGGAUGGCGGCGGCUCGGGAAGCGGCCCUGCGGUUGCCGCCGCUGCCGACGGUGCGCGACCUGCUCCGCAUGUACCGUAUCCGCGCCAUGCGUCAACUGUCUCAGAACUUCCUCAUGGACCCCAAGUUGACGCGGAGGCUGGUCAAGGCGGCGGGCAAGAUCAGGGACCACCACGUGAUCGAAGUGGGGCCCGGACCCGGAUGCCUGACCAGGCCGCUGCUCGAGCUCGGGGCUCGCCAGGUGGUCGUCAUCGAGAAGGACCCGAGGUUUUUGCCGUCGCUCCAGUUGCUGGCAGAGGCUGCAGACAACCGGCUCAAGAUCAUCAUGGGGGACGUCUUCAACUACAGCAUGGAGGACCUGAUCCCUCAAGAGCUGGGUGUGCCGUGGGAGGGCCCCCCGCCCCCCGUUCAUGUGGUGGGCAACCUGCCCUUCAGCGUGUCCACCCCGCUGCUGGUGCGGUGGCUGCGCAUGGCGUCCCAGCGGAAAGGCCCCUUCCUGCACGGGCGGGUGCCCCUCACCCUCACCUUCCAGAAGGAGGUGGCCGAGCGCAUCGUGGCCCCCGUCAUGCACGUCCAGCGCUGCCGCCUGUCCGUCAUGUGCCAGGCGUACUGCAGCGUCCAGCACCAGCUCACCCUCUCCGGUGGUUCAUUCUUCCCCAAGCCGGACGUGGACGUGGGCGUGGUGCGGCUGGUGCCCCUGGUGGAACCGGUCAUCCAGCAGCCCUUCGACCUGGUUGAGAAGGUCUGCAACUGCCUCUUCAACGGGCGCCAGAAGUACCUCAGCAACGGCCUCAAGAACCUGUUCCCCAGCCGCCAUUUGGACCUUGCGAAGGACCUGGUCAAGCUGGUCGAGAUUGAUCCACAGACCAGGGUGGUGCAGCUGACGGUGGAAGAAGUGGGACGCAUCUGCCAGGUGUACGAACAUUUCUGCCUGGAGGAUGCCAAGCUGUACGAGUACAACUUCCGCCUGGGCAGGUGGUAGGAAUAAAUGCCCGGGAGCUGGAUGUCUGCCCGUGCUGUACAAUCUGCA